UUUUUGUGUUGUGUGGUGGAAGGAAUUUUUGUCCACGCGAGUUAUUUUUUAAUUUAGCCACCAACAUUUUUUUAAAUUAUUGAAAAAGAAACCAUUUGAAUUUAAAAUUAUUAUAUGAAAACAAGUUAAAAACGUUAAGAUGAGUACUAUUUUGGAAAAAAUUGCAGCCAUCGAAGGCGAGAUGGCUCGCACCCAAAAAAAUAAAGCCACAUCGGCUCAUUUGGGUUUACUGAAGGCUAAAUUGGCCAAAUUGCGAAGAGAAUUGAUUUCUCCCAAAGGAGGCGGCGGUGGUGCGGGUGAACAGGGUUUUGAAGUUGCAAAGACUGGUGAUGCCCGGGUGGGUUUCGUGGGUUUUCCGUCGGUGGGAAAAUCCACAUUACUAUCCAACUUAGCCGGUGUGUAUUCGGAAGUGGCCGCCUAUGAGUUCACCACGCUUACUACCGUUCCGGGUUGUAUUAAAUACAAGGGAGCUAAAAUUCAGUUAUUGGAUUUGCCUGGUAUCAUUGAAGGUGCUAAAGAUGGUAAAGGUCGUGGUCGUCAAGUUAUUGCUGUGGCCCGUACCUGUAAUUUGAUAUUCAUGGUACUCGAUUGCCUUAAGCCUUUGGGCCACAAAAAGUUGUUGGAGCAUGAAUUGGAAGGAUUUGGUAUACGUCUGAACAAAAAGCCACCAAAUAUCUACUACAAACGCAAGGACAAGGGUGGUGUCAAUCUCAAUUCAAUGGUACCACAAUCCGAAUUGGAUUCUGAUUUGGUAAAGACUAUUUUAUCGGAAUAUAAAAUACACAAUGCUGAUAUUACGCUGCGUUACGAUGCCACCAGUGAUGAUUUGAUUGAUGUCAUUGAGGGCAAUCGUAUCUAUAUUCCCUGCAUUUAUCUGCUGAACAAAAUUGAUCAAAUUUCUAUAGAAGAAUUGGAUGUCAUCUAUAAGAUUCCUCAUUGUGUACCAAUAUCGGCCCAUCAUCGUUGGAAUUUUGAUGAUUUACUGGAAAUGAUGUGGGAAUACUUGAGAUUGGUUCGAAUUUACACAAAACCCAAGGGUCAAUUGCCUGAUUACAAUUCACCCAUUGUAUUGCACAAUGAACGCACCACAAUUUCUGAUUUCUGUAACAAAUUGCAUCGUACUAUAGCUAAAGAAUUUAAAUAUGCCUUAGUAUGGGGUUCAUCCGUUAAACAUCAACCGCAAAAAGUUGGUAUUGAUCAUGUGCUCAACGAUGAAGAUGUUGUACAGAUUGUUAAGAAGGUCUAGAAAAACAGAUUUGACAAAUAUUUUUAAAUAUAUUAAAUAAAAUAGUUUUAAACUAAUUGAUUGCUAAACAAAGUUCUAUGUCAUUGAUUUUUUUUAAUAUGUCAUAUAUGCUAAAAUCAAUUUGGAAAAAAAUAAAGAAGAAAACGAACUACCAUCUAAAUGUGA